GAGCCUCACACAGAGCCUCGAGCUUCUUCAAUCUGUGGAGCUUUGGCAGCUUUGCGAAGAUUAUUCGAAAACAUACAUAUGAUUCCAUUCUUUUUCCCCCUUCAUCUUCUCUUCUCGUCGACAAUCUCUUUCCGAGUUUUGUUGUACCGAAAGCUUUUUGGGCUCAGGUCGUUGUUGUGUGCAGCGUUGUAAAUACAGAUACUACUGGCAGCGUUCUCUCUCUCCCCCUCUCUCUCUGUCUCCACUUGUGCUUCGUGGAGCGUGCGUCGUUGUUUUGCUGGCUCCGAGGUGUUGCUUUCCGGAUUCAGCUUUUUGGUCUGUUGUUGAUUAGAUUUGGCAUUGGUAUUGUUAUUUCUGUACGGAAGGUUCAUGUUUUAGGAUUUGUGCUAUCGCUAGUUCCUCUCUGGAUUUCGAGUCUGAUUGUAGAACUCGGUGCUGUUUCUUCAAAGUUCUAAGAGAGUUAGGAAUGUAGUUUCGGUUUCUGUAAAUGCAUGUUUUAAUGACAAUGCAAGGUUGGGUUUGAGAAAUUUGGAGGCUUUAGUGAAUUUUUUUUUUUUGCUUGUAUAUGAGUGGUUGAGGUGAUUUGGGGAUUUGUCCUUCCGGUUUGGAGAAAUGAAUGAGAACACCGGGAACACGUCGUCCUCUUUGGCCAUUGCUACAGAGAAGAGGACGCAUAGGCCUGGUGGUUGUGUUGGGAUCUUCCUUCAGCUUUUUGAUUGGAACCGGAGAUUCGCAAAGAAGAAGCUCUUCUCCAAGAAGCUCCUUCCUCCAGUUCGAGCAAAGAAAGCUUCCUCGAAGUUUAAAGGGGAUGAGAAGAUGCCCAUUUCCAAGCUCCAUUUGAUUGCUGAUGAGAACAGCGGGGGUUUCCCAAAUGUGAAGAAAUCUGGAAAUCGUCGGUUGGAUUUGGAGAAAAAGAAUGAAAUGCGGACUCCUGGUUUGGUUGCUAGGCUAAUGGGUCUUGAAUCCAUGCCGACUGUGCAUCGAGAUAAGCCUAAGAAACCUUCAUUCUCUGAUAAAUAUGGUAUUGAAGAGGAGAAAUUUGUGGCUAGUCAUGGUGGGCUUUAUAAGGAGGAGUUGAAUCGGAACGAAGGAGGAACCAAGCAGGAAUCGAGGCCUCAGAAGCUUCAGAAGACUGGGCUGUUUGAGGGACAGGCAGUGACUAGGUUUGGAGCUGAGGCAUUACAAAUUAAAAGUGUUUUGUCACGGUCGAGAAAGCACCAUCAUCAUCACCCAAAGCUUGCUUCACCGGUGAAGAGUUCAAGGAUUUCCUCUGGGAGGAAUGUGCCUCGAAGCUCUCGAUUAAUUGGUGCUGCUACUAAGAUUUUGGAACCAGGCUUGCAAGCUACAAACAGAGCUAAAUGCGCUCUUACUUAUUCAAGUUCUUUGUAUCAUUCUCCCAAGGAUGAGAUGGAGACAGAGAGAACCAGGUUUAUGUCACCAGAUACAUUGGAACAACCCAGUUAUAAUGGGGGUUUAGCCCAUCCUUUGAUGGGGCAGACAUCUUGUACAAAUUGUGGUAAUUUGGUGGCCUUAGGACCAAAUGCAGAGGAACAGCCAUCUGCUUUUUUUGCUUCAAAUGUUGUUGCUUCUCAGGAUUCUGGAUGGAGUAAACCAAGGCCACCUGAAUCCUCACAUGAGCAAGAAAGAGAGGCAUUUUUCCUAAGAAGUAAGGACCAGGGCUUUCCUCUUGUUGCCAAAGCAAAGGACAAUCUACAAGACAAUAAUGAUCCAAUUACAGAAAGAGUGCCUCUAUCACACGAAGAUCAACGACAAUUGCAAUUAUCGAGCCACACAUGCAAGCCUCAAGAAGACAAAACAUCUUCCAUGGCUUUCAAGCAGAAGUUGCAAACAGUGGAUCGAAUGUUGUUAGGCAGGGAUAAGAUUCCACCUAGGUCUAAACUAAGUAAUCUGCAGAGCCGAAGAGUCUCAUCAGCUGGAAAUGCUGCUACUGGGACCAAAGAUUUUGUCACUUUGAACCGAAGUCUAACCGGCCGAACCAGGCCCAGGGUGCUUAGUAAGGUAGACACUUCUGGGUUUGACACAGUGAAGAAGGUUUGUAACGGACAGGAUGAAUCCUUACAGCAGUUAAGGACUCUGGUGCGAAAAAGGAGAACAAUAAAUGCAAGCGGGCAAACUGAAAGUACAGGUUUUGUCAGUUCAACUAUUGCAAAAGAAAGAAAUGUUUGGACUGAUACUUCGAGUGGAAAAUGCAUGGGACUUAAUGCUCAAUCCAUGAACCAAAAUACUGUGAGUGGUAGAUUAGCUGGUCGAGGAGAGGGAGAAAGAGCUGAUGGAAAUAAGGAAACCGAUGUUAUUUCUUUUACAUUCAAUUCCUCUGUAAGGCACAAGACUGGAAUUCCGGCAAAAAUAGAGGAGAAAAUGAGGGAUGAAAAUGGGAAGAUACCUUUUCAAAGGCCAUUGCCAUUGACAAGAGAUGCUUUAGGGGUCCUUUUGGAACAAAAAUGGAAGGAAUUGACUCGUCAAGAAGAUGAAGAGUUGAUAAAUGGUGCUCCAGUAAAGACAUCCGCUGCUAUAAUUCUCCAAGAGUUAAUAUCUGCCUUCAGGGCAGAGCAACCUUGCUCUCAGGAUGGUCAUAUGUUCAAUAAGGAUAUAGCUUUCAGGACUAAAGCAGAGAUAGAAGGGCUGGUUGGAAGUACAUGUCAAAGUCAUCAUCUUAGCCCUGGAUCUGUUCUUGAGGCCUCGUUUUCUUCUAGUAGUCUGGAUGAAAGCCCAGUUCCCAGACAUAGGUUGUGUCCCGACCCUAUGGAUUACUCCUAUAACCAGUUACAACCACUGGGACCUGAUGCCCAUUUUUUGGAUUCAGCAACCUCAUCAAAUAAAGGGAUGGAAAGGAGACAGAUGGUAGUCGAUUAUGUCAGACAUGUCUCGAAAAUAUUGGACAUCCUGAAUCUUACCGGGCCAGGACUGACGGGAAUUAAGGUCGCUCAAGCAAAGGAGGUAAUCUUGAAUGCUGAACUCUUGUUUGGAAAUGCAACCCCGCAUACUUUUGAUGGAAUGAAAGGUUUUCUUAUUAGCCCUCAUCUCCUUGAUGGAAUGGAAUCUUUUGGUCGUACUGCAUGGACAAAUUAUAUUGGCUUUAUCGGGUUGGAUGACACCAAAGAAAGAAACCACCUACGGACAUUUCUUUUUGACUUGAUCGUAGAAUGUUUAGACUCAAAAUAUGGUCAAUACUGUAACUCCGGAUUCAAGACAUGGUCAAGGUUGCCAUUAUACAUGAGUACAGAGAAGUUGACUCUAGAUGCUGCAGAGGAGGUUAGAAGGUGGACAGAUUUGGCUGGGAUGAUUCCAGAUGAGAUAAUAGAAUUGGAGAUGAGUCAUUCCUUGAGGAAAUGGACAGAUUUUGAUACUGAAGCAUUUGAGACUGGUGCCGAAAUUGAUGGGAACAUACUUCAAAUUUUGAUUGAGGAAAUUGUGAUGGACCUUUUGGAUGGCAGGCCAGGUUCCUUUUGAAAUUUCGUAUGCUGACUCACCAGACCUUCUCCGUUAAAUAAACCAUGAAGAUUUUGUACAAACUGAUCAAAUUGUAUGUAUUGAAAGUGGCUACUGGAUUGAAAAGAUUAGCACUGUCCAAAAAGACAGGCCUUCUUGGAUGUAACUUGUCUUCAAAUAGCCAAACCGUUUGUAAAAUGGUUUUUGUUUAGUGAAAUUUCAGUCUGGGAUAACUCA